CCGACAUCAUGCCGCGUAUACACCAGCGGCAUCCUCGUUUUUGUGCAGGAAGGCUGAAUCAUCAAUUUAUAAAGAUGAGGAAGUGCUUUUCCAGAAAAGGUGGGAGUGCAUCAGCUCCUAUUUAGCGCCCGUGCUUAGUCACCUCCUUUUGGCAAGUAUGGACAGGCGCCUUGAAGCUGAACUAUCCAGUUCCAACGUGCAUUCUGUUUUCCGGUGUGUAGACGAUUCUUUACUUGUGUUCAAGAAGACAGGCGAUGACCUUGCUUCCCAGGUCAAGACCACAUUCGCCGUUUUUGCCCGCGUGCUCUCCUAUUUUACCGUCACCAGUGAGCUCCCAAAGGAUCUAGAGCUGAGGUUUCUAGUCACUAACCUAACGUUUCUCGACGACCACGUUCGUUGGUAAUACGCACUACGCUCAGCAAAAGGUCUACUCCCCUUCGUCUUCGCCUCACUCGAAACUCGUUCAACGAGCAAUAGGGACCGCCGCACUGAAAACGCCCAUUCAAGGUUGUGCAUCUGCAAGAUCGACUCAAGUUUCAAAACUCAAGUAGGAAGACUGACCGACGCGGGAUUUCCUUUCCCGCUAAUACGAGACUUAGCGGUGGCAAUACUGAAAUCCCUCUGAAAAAGUUCGGAACAUGGUCGGAUUGCCCGUGACUGGUCAAGAACGAGUGUAAUUCUCUGCGAUCACAUCGUGUAUCACGGCAUCGAGAAAGUCGGGGUGGAAGACUCAAGGAAACGAGACAUCGUUGUGUCCACGACACAGUUCCCAUCAGCGCCUUCGCGUCGACGUGCCUUGCUGGACAAGAUUCUUGUGACGUGACAUUCAAGACGCAACGAACCUGGCGCCGCGUUGUGCAAGGAACCGAUGCCUUGGAACAGAAAGGAGGAGCACCUUCGCUUCAGUAACAACGUCCUCAUAAAAGGCGAGGCCUCGGCAUCGGCAUUGGUGGCGGCAGCUUCCGCGGCUUCCUGCUGCGGCGGCGGCGAUCGGCCAAGGAAGGCGAAGCGGCGGCGGCGGCCGGUCCCGGCGGUGCGCUGGCUUCCUCGCGCCACCACGCGCAGCAGCCGCCCGUAAGAUGCGCCACCAUGAGCAGCAUCGGCAGCGUGGGCCGCAGCGGCGGCCCGCUGGCCAACGGCGUGCCCUGCGCCACCGUGGGCAACGGGGGCGUCAAGAAGGACCACUCGGCGCCGGCCGUGGCCGCAGCGGCCGCCAACGGGGGCACGGCCAACGGGCCCCUGCUCGAGACCACCACGGUCAAGAAGGGCCUGCUGUGGCAGCAGUGGGACAAGUUUUUCAGUCGCUGGAAGGAGCGCUACUUUGUGCUCACCAAGGACUACUUGGCGUGCUUUAAGAAGGAAUCCAAGGUCGGAACCUCCGAGAUGGGAGGAUUCCUUUACAAGGUGAACUUGGCAGACGUGGAGGGGCUGCAGUGGGCCGACAAAAAGCGGACGGGAGUUAUCGCCCUUCGGGUGGGCACCGAGGGCCAGCUCCUGCUCUGGACCAACUGCGGCCUGGACGACUGGAUGUUCGCCCUUAGAGACGCCAUCGGUCGGAGCAAGGGGCGCAGAGAGGCCCUCCGCAAGGCGCACACGCUCGGCCCGCAGUUCUACGACGCGGGACUCACCAAGAGGCAGGCGUUGCUGCUGCAGCACACGCUGACCUCGUCGGAGGCGCAGUCCCCAUCGUCGUCGGUGCGCACCUCCACCUCGUGCGAGCUGCGGUCCCUGGGCGAGCGCACCCCUACGCCCAGCCUGACGCGCCGGGCGCAGAGGAUGUCGGUGGCCACCGAGGCCAGCGACAGCGGCUGCAGCAUGGCGCAGCCGCCGGGCUCCGCCAGCGUGGACUACGACACGCGCUCGGUGCCCUGGUCGGCCCCGCUCGGACCACGGCCCACGGGCUCCUACAGCUCGCUCAUCUCGCUCGGCCAGCGCUCCCUGGGAGCGCACCGGCCGUCGCCUCGGUCCCUGCAGGUGUCCCCGGCCCUGGCGCAGCGUUCCCUAUACGCGCAGCACGUGCUCAACUCGCCCGAAGUGGCCAACGGCCGCAACGGCGGGGUCCGGUGCGGCGGCGUGGGCGGGGCCACGGCCUCCGCGACGCUGGAGUUCGCCUACAUCCGUCCCGACUCGCCGGUCACCCUGACGGGGCCCCGGCGCAGCACGCUCGACAGCGGCCACUGCCAGCGAUCCCAGUCGUCCUGCUUCGGCGGCGCCAGCCCGUUCCUGCAGCUGGGUGAGCCGCAGCAGCAGCAGCAGUACCACAAGCUCCUCCAGCAGCAGCAGCAGCGGCACCACCGAAACCACAAGCACCAUCAGAACCACCACCCCGCCGCUCCUCCGUUCGCCCUGCACGACCUGAGGGCCGCGCUGCCGGGCCAGGACGACGAGCCGCGGCCGUCGUCCAUCUACGGCCAGCCCUCUCUGACGGUGGUGGGCGACCGCGCCGCCUACUCGGUGCAGCCGCCCGACGUGGUGCCCAACAACCACGCGCCGCGGCCGUCGGCCUCCAAGCUCAUGAAGCGGGCCGUCAGGGCGUACACGCACUCCAAGUCGGACUCGUCGUUCGUGCUCAAGCAGAGCCCGUCGCAGCUGCAGGGACACUUGGCCGUGACCUGAUACGACGGCGCGCGCCCCUCGAACCAUGUCCCCCGACGUGCUCCAUCUUCCGCGCUCCUGGUCGGCAGCCGCCAUCAUCGCCUUCUCCUGUCCGACCGUUCGGCGACCGCGCUGAGCUCGAAGCCGCCAAAGGACGACGACAGAGCUCGCCCUUUUUAAGGUCUCGAGUGGCUCGGUGUGUUGUGUCGGGUUUCGCGGCGUGGAGCGCCGUGGUGGCGACGCUGAGCUGGUGCGACGCUCUUGUUGGCGACGGCGCCAACCGCGCGGCGAGUGAUGGGUGACCAGUUCUACGCGGCACGUGUCUCCGAGACGCCCCCGUCGGUUCUGCCUCGCUUUAGUCUUUCUCUCGGUUCCCUUCUGUACACGCCGAUCAUCCGUGACGAACUUUUUUGCCUUAAUUUUGCGCCGGUUUUGACUAUUAGUUGCCACAGUGCGCCUGGAGGAACUCUCGCCCUAAAAAAAAACUUGGUACGGUGGUUAUGAUGAGUACGAAUUGUGUUUUGUAUUUGGCAGUCAAGCUGCCAUCCGCCAGUUUUGCACGUGUGUUUUUCCUUGAUCGCCGCUUGAUGACUCACGAGAGUCGCAAGAAGUGUACAAGCAAAUUAACUUACUGAAACCUGAACCUGGACGCCGCUGUGCGGUGAAAUCAUGGAACGACAUGUUUCUAUCGGCCCACCUUCCUUCUCAGCCGUUAUUUUGCCUCUUUGUUUGCACUAGUGAAUUGAAAUUCGUGAACUGACCUUACAUGAGAGUCCUUGUGAUAAGAACUCCAGGCAUCAAGGUGCACCUCGCAAAAUAAACUAUCUUUUUGCGCACCUUUGAAGGUUACGUUUCGCGAGAUAGCGAGCUAAGACGCUGGACGACGCGGUGUAAGACAUAAACCCCAUGCAGCAGCAAACGAGUCAGCAGCGAAACGCAAGUAGAUUGAACGGAGUCGGGUGGACGAGGUGAAUUUGCGUGAUGAUGCCGUUGUCUCCGUGCGAGCCGUUUUAGUCCUUUACCAUAGCCUCUUCUGGGGUUUCUUUACUUUAUUGCGUACGCAUUUUUGUGGUGUUAGCGUGACUUUCAGUGAGUUAACGACGGGUUCGGUCAAAGGACGCUGUGAAUACUUGGAGAUAAGAGAGUGGUCCCCGUCUUGGCGCGUUUGGUCAAGCAGCCGCUGCCGUAAUGCAUGUCCUGCCCUCGCUUUCGAUCGCCGCAAGCGCGUUGGCUCUCUGCGGGCCUUUCAGAGCAGUUCGAUUGUUAUCCUAGACGAAUCUCAUCGAGCGCAUGAGACGAAAACACGUAGCUGCUUCUCUACAUAUUUAUUUUUUUUUUCUCGGCGGUCGCGAGUGUACGCGAACGAAAUGCACAACCCAAGGAAAAGCGUGUACCGAAGAAAGAAAAAAAGAAAGAAAUCGAGAACAACUAAGCGCGUGGUUCUGGGCGUCUUCAUGUCCUUGCAUAUAUUGCGCGGAGUGCGCGACAUCGUUCGGUGUCGGUUCCAAGCGGCGCGCGCCCGGUGUUGAUGGAAUCCCAGUCGAAGAAGGCUUAAUGGAAUGACUCUCGAGGCGGCUUGCACCGUCACUUUCCGCAGUUGUUUUCGUUGCACCCCAGCCCACUCCCGCAUUCGCCACAGUUCCCGCGACCUUCUCAAUCGUAUAUACUAUACGCCGUCACUAUACCCUGUAUAGCUGGUCCCUCUGUAAUUCACACGCCCGUUCCCGUCUCGUUUUUCAACCUCUCCUGUAGAAGCCAACCACCACCAACCUGUGCGAGUCCACUGUGAUAUAUAUUUUCUAUUGUACGCGUGUGCGUGUGUGCGUUCCGUGCGCGUAACUCGUCUGUGAGAACCGGUUGUAAAACAGGGCGUCGUGCGAAGUUCUAUACUCGUAUACGCAUUUGCAUUUCGAUUUUUUUUUUUAUGACGACAUUAUCCCGUUAAAAUUUAACCGCCCGGUUAGGCGUCCAUUGGACAGUCACCACUGUCAGACAGUACACACACGAUCACACACACACACAAGCGCUUGCCAGAGGUGUACACGACAAGGUGUGGAGUGACGAAGCAGGACACUGCGCGUAGACUUGACUGCCACAUUCGAAUCUUGUUGAGAUAUAUGUGUGUAUCUCUCUCGCGGUGUGUACUCCAGAACAAGUGUGAAUGUACAAAGUAUAGUAGGUGCGGGGGCGCCCUGUGUACCGUUUAGUCACGACGCCGUUCAAUUAGCGAGGCGCAGCAGCACUUAAUUAGGUGCACUGCACGUCAUGCGGGCAUCGCGAUCGAAUCUCCGUUCCGUGCGGUGUAGGCACAUCUAAAUCUACAACCACUGCGCGCGCUCCGUCUUAGCAGCUACGUACAGAAACAGAGUGGUCACGCCCGAGCAGGUGAAACGUCGUUCGAGUUGCAGACGCGGCAAAGGUCACCUGCGACUCCUGUCAUCUCUGUACACACUGCAUCUGGAAGAUGAUGGUUAGCUAAGCGAGGCUGAAAGCUGUAUACAAACUUGACAACGACAAAAUUUAGGCUGGCUAAAUAUAUCGAGUAUGUGUUCUUUCGAACUGCUUUUACGGAGUUGCUGAGACGGAGCGCAAACCAUAUACAGAGCGUCGGCCUUCAUUCCGUGUCCUUCCAAGAGGCUUGCACUGUUGCCCGCUAUAGCUUCUACGGACAGUCCUUUGAAUGGCCGUAGGUAGUCGUCCGUGCGUCGACGACCAUUGCGAGGUGCGGAUAUUUGGCGAAAGUCUGGUGCGCACGGACAGCACAUGGUAGUGCGGCCCGUUUCUCACUGCCAAGACCUGAAAGGUGCACCUGCGAACAGGCAGAUGGUGUCGGCGUGUACUGUAACUUUGUCUGAGCUCGACUGCCAGCAAUGCUUUCUUUUCCCCUGAGAGCCUCCAAAGCUCGGAGUGUCGUUGAACAUAAUAUUCCUUAGCAAGAGCACCUCGUUUCUGGCGUGUCUAUUGCGAGAAACUGCGGCCAAACGUGUUUUUGGUUGUCAGUUCCUUCUGAAAGCUUCUUCUUCUUCUCCGUGGCUGUCAUAGGCAACAUCUUGAUGUGAGCGAACGUGUGAUAGGUUGUGAGUUGUCGCUGCAAAGGUGCGGAGUCCGUUCCGCCAGUGUGUAUGUGGCGGCCUGCUCUUGUAACGUUAUCGUGUCAGCGAGUUCGUUCUUCGUAGAUGUCGGUAACGUGUGACGCGCUGUGAGGGGGAACAUGAUUUAACCGUGCUUGGAAAUUUUUGUGCUCGUGUGGCAUUUCCCAGAGGAUCCGAUUCCUCGUUAGUUUCAACGUCCUAUCGUCUCCUUCGGCAACUGUAUCACCAUAUACGGAAAAUGGGAAAAGGUAUCACCACAUCUUCAAGUGCGUUAGCUUUUGGUGACGCAAUCAAUCUGAUCAGUGCUUUAUAAAAAAUACAUUGAAAACAAGGAAUAGGUUUACACUAUUAUUGCCUAUCGCUAGCGCACUGCCCCAGUUGCGCGGUGCAUGAACUGCUGAUGGGAGCACUACUCUGGUCUUCUUGGCACAGUGUACUUGCCUACGUCUGGCUGUUCAAGUCACCCCCAAUAGUGCACAAAGUGCUGUGAUUGCGAAGAGAUGCAGAUCUGAGAAAAGGGUGCUUCAGUCAAUGGUCAUCUUUUUGUCUGUUGUGAUGUGUUGGCAAAGCAAUUGCUCAAUUCCAUUCAGCGUGGGCGCGUUGUAAAACUAUGGGCCCUUACAUUUUCUUUUACGUGCGUUUCUUUCAACGCUGAGUAACCUUUGAUGCUCAUCGCUUCGUGCAUUCGCUACGGAUUUCGUUACAAACGUAUUGUUCCUGCGUAGGUACUAUACGGUCAAAUGAACUUUCUUUUUCUUCUCCGUUAGAACUGUUUAAUUGCGGUGACCACUGGCCUCACGCUCAAGACUGGUGCUUGCUGCGUACGCAGCAAGCACGUCGGUGAUGAUCAGUUUCUUCUAAACUUGACAUCAAGUUCACCUUGUAAAAGUGGAAUCUAACUUGUCCUUAUAAUAGCGUACAAUUUUUUUUUUCACGGGCGCAACCGAAGCGAUUGCACAAAGCAACCGGUUCUGGGUCUCCGCACUGUUUGAACACGGACAUGUUUCCUAUUUGAGAUUAUGACGGUACCCGUCUGCCUUUUUCUGAGAUAUGAGUACCAGCAAAAACUGCACAACCUGUGUGCAAGGAGAGUCUAUCGAAUGCCGACGCAUCUUUUUUCCCCCUUGAACGUUCAGUCUGAACAUGUUUCAAGGCGAGACUAUAUAUAUGCUGACACCAAAACGCAUGCUAUACCGGCGAAAACUAACGCGGCAAUAAAUUACGCUUUCCCACAUGAGUCCGUACAUCGAAUCGUAUGAUUCCUCCGUUAUAUCUCCCUAUCUUUCAUUGCUCGGUUGAUAUUAGUGGCACGAACGAAUUGCACGCCCUGCUGCUAACGACGAGAUACAAUUAAGAAAGUGGAGGAUAAGAUAAGAACUGUGAAAAGUUCGACAUGUCUGCGAACGUGGUAAAAAGAGGUGUACACGUCUGGCUGAUAAGCUUGUACCACCAGGUUGGUAAGAGGCGCUGCCGUCACGUGAGGUCUUGGCGCGUGAGUGUAAGUACACUUAUGCGUUUGUCGAGUGGGGUGUCGCAAGACCCAGCACGGCGUGAAGAGAAAUGCAAUAUACAAAGUACAAUAUGAAUUCAGAUAUUUUGACCACGCAUAUAAACGGCAUAAAUCUUAUCGAAGAAAUAAAAAGACAACUAAGGAGUGCGAACAUUUACUGUUGAAGCAGCACCGUGACAUCCACCGCCAAGAUUUAUCUGUGGAUGUGACAAAAACAUGUGUUUGCCUAAUGAACGCGUACGUAUUUAAUAGCUCCCGAAUUUGUGAAAUCUACCUUAAGACAUUAUGUUACCCCCGUCGUCGACACGAAACGAAGAACCGAAUGUGUUAGUUGUUGUUUUUCUGCUUUCCCUAAUUGCCACUUGCGCUUAGCGGACGUUCUUCUUCGAUUCAUUCAGCUCUUUCUGUCUUGCCUUUUUCUUUUUUUUUUCUACUGAUGUCUUCGCAGGAGGAGAAAACCGCGGAGGUCUGUAGUUCUAGUCAUUCAGCAGUGUGUGCUUGCGUGCGUGCGCUUGUGCACGUGAUGAUUUUUUUUCCUUCUCCUCUAGUUCCUAAACAACCUCCGGGGAUGUGCAUCCAGCUGGUAUAGUUUAACCGAUCAAAGGAUAUAAGAAGGGAUAUUUGGAGACGCGAACCAGAAAAGAGUUCUUUGUCUGUGAAAAUAUUUAUAACCCGUGUCGAACGAAUCUCCUCCACUGUUUCUUUCUCUCUCACUUUUCUAUUUCUUUUGAGAUAAAAAAAACAACACUUCAAUCUGACGCACACGUGUUAUUGCCUGCAUUACUGUGAUGAUGAUGCGCGUCUGGUAACAUCAUUGCUGGUAGCGACAACUUGCGGAGUUCUUUUCAACAACAGUAUCCGAAAAGCCACGGAUACGCGAUCGUAUUGCCACAAUUUAUCUGGCCGAUAAACAGCUGAGUCAAGACUACGCUGCUACCAGAACUUUUGUUUGCUCUAGCAAACACACACACAAAGAAAAAAACGCAGUGGCACACUGGUGAUAGCCGUUCUGCGCAUCUUGGCUUAAGAACAGUUUCAGGAGACUACGAAGUUUGAAUAGUUCGUCUCGUGGCCAAAGUCGAAAAACAGCACAGAUAGCAGAAAAAAGAGGCGGACAGCGCACACGCUCUGUUAUCACAACAUGUUAGAUGCGCUGUGGCUCCCCGUGCCAUGUACGACUCCGUUUGACGGUAAUAGGCUAUUGGUAACGCGUGUGCGUCAAGUUGAAACACUUCACUGGUGUCUCUCCAUCUUUUUCACUGUUACGACAUUGAUGUGUCACUGUUUGUUUCUCUCCUGGGUGGUGAGAGUGGAGCACACAGUGUCUCUCCACUAAUCUGAGUCUCUCUGUUCUCUAAUAACUGCGUGUCACUCUUCUUACUCUCUUCACCUGGAUAUUUUUUUUUUCAGACUGAAUUGUGCGCAGCCACACAGAUUCUGUUUCUUUUUUCAUUUUUUUCUUCGGAUAUAUUUACAAGACCUCGAAUAAAAACUUGUAUACUGUGAACCAA